GCGAAAACUCGCUCGCCCAAACAGGAAUUUCGUGUUGUUUUCAAUGGUGUUAACUUCCUGAUAAACGAAUGGUAACCUGAGCUAUUUUGGAAGAAAAGGGGCAGUCGUUCUGCCGUAUCUUGGAAGAGACAGGUGUGGGUAACAUCAGGAGGCCAUGGCUACUCCAGCGAAGACAGACAAGCCCAAAGACGAUAAGGAAAAAGAUGAAAAGCCCAAAGCCCCACCAAAACCAAAGGCUCCCUCAAAACCCCAGUUAGAGAAGUGGGUUUCGUCCAUAAAUGCCUUAUUGAGUGACCCUGAGGGCCGAAAGGCAUUCAGGGUAUUUCUAAAGGAAUCAGAGGUGGAAGACGGUGAGCUCACAAGAUACAUUGACUUCUUCGAGGAGGUUGAAGGUUACAAAGCAGAAUUUAAAAGACUAGAAGAAGCAGCAAAAGACAUUUUUGAAACAUAUCUUGAGGAUGCUGCUCACCAGGGAAUUAUUUUGCAGGUUGGGGCUGACAAGGAGGUAGGAACGGGGGGAAAGAGCGUGGAUAUUGGGGACAAGCUUGAGGAUGAAGGAUUGGAAGGCGUGCAACUAUUUGACGAACCACAGAAGAAGGUCAAACAGAAGCUUGCUGAUGGGCAAUACAUUAACUUCUGCUCACACCUUAAGGAGAAAUACAAGUUAUAGCACAAGGCACUUCGCUCUGCAGGAAAGGUGGCUACCAUUGUUUGCAAAGAUGUUUUUGAUUUGUAACUGAGAAAAAAGUUUAUUGUCCUGUGUAUAUGGUUUUGGUAGUCCCUUACAAAAGAGUGAAUAAUGGCCAUUGCAUAAAGGAUUCUGUUCAGUUUUAUUUCAGAAAACAAAAAGGUAUAAAUUAAAAAUAAAUACAUAAAUAAAAAUGAAAAAUAAACUUUAAAGUUGUAUUAUCAGUAAUUAGAAUAUAUUUUUUUUCCUGAUGUACUUACAAGGCAAUAAGCCUGAAUGCAGAGGCUUUAGCAGGGAAGAAGAGGCAUUUGGGCAUGUUCUGGGUUAUGGUCAGUAGUGCGAGCCAGUUUAUAGACUAUGAUUGUAAAUGUAAGGGAAAAGGGAAAUAUGAUAAUGAUAGAUCACACUAUUAUUAUAGUGGCUCUAUAAUUUUAUGUGUAGGUUGCAUAAUUUCUGGUACCCUGCAUCAAUAUUUUUGAUUUUUAAUUGUUUUUAAGGGGAGAGUAUACCUCUGCAAUAGUCUCUCAUGGUGUGGGGAUGGCAAUGAAGAUCAAUUCUUUUCAUUCUUCCCAUAAACAUGUUUACACUGUAUAACCUUCUACAUUUCCACCAAGCAAUAAAGGGGGUAUCUUCUUGUGCCCAUUGAAAUUGCCAUGGAGUGUAUAACAGUCACCAACAGUAUGGAGUUAAGCAUUGGUUAAUUAAUUUAUUUUCUAAGAUCCUUAGAUAAGACCAUAACUCAGGAUGAUUAUUUUUUCUUUAUCUAAUUUGCAAACAUAUUUGAAGUUAGAGAAUUUCCAUUGAGACAUCUUACUAUUUACCAAUAGUCCUCUUAUUUUUUUCAUAGAGAAAUUAUUCCUACCUAAAAUAUACACCUUAUUUCUUGCACAAGUGUGAUAAAAAUGGCCUUGAAAGUAGGAGUGGUAAGACCCCUAUAUAUGUAUGCAUUAUUCAGUCAGGUUGAAAUAAUGUCUUGUAUAAAACCUAAGUUUACCUUAGAACAAUUUUCACCAAGAUCUUAUGGGAGGGAUUGUUGUGUCUUGUUAGCCUGUACUUCAUUGAUGUACUUUUAUUAACACUGUGAUUGCCUUUCAUGUACUUAAUGAGAAAAAUAGACCUUAUUUUUCAUGUGAUGGAAUGCUCAAGCAUUUAGUAAGUUUUCUCUCUUUCUUUCUUUCUUUUUUCCUUUUCAGGGAAAUGUUAAUCUGUAUUCAUAAUCAACUUCCUUUACUUUUCACAUGAUUUUUCUUGAUAUAAAGGCAUAAGACUGUUACUGUGUUACAUAUCUCUCCAACAUGUUUUCCAGAUACAGAUACAUUGAAAGGGGAAUGGUAAUAUAUAUUAACCCUAAAAGGACAAUAUAACCUGUGUAAAUUAGGUAUAACAGUUACCUAAGGCAAAUUUUCCAUUUGUUAUCACAAUUUUUUUGAAUGUUCCUCAUUUUUCUAUCCUAUGGGCAAACAUUUUAUAUAUUCAGGUCUGUGGCAUGCAGCAGAAAGGACAAAAGUAAUUUUUCCUGUUAUAUUUUUCCUUAAAUAUAUAGCAACAUUUGUCAAGCCUGCAAAUUUAUGUUCAAAUGUAAAUUAGGUGCUAUGUGUAGUUGUGUGAAUGAUCUCAGAUCGAAUAAAUUAUUCAGGACUUGUGUAUCUCAAGUACUUCUAUUUUAGGUACCAGGUUAUUUCUUCUUUGUUUCUGUUUUUAUGGAUUAUCUCACAGGAUUUAAAAUUCUUGUGCCUGGUUGUUGAGAUGCUGUGGCUAUAGCUUGUGGUCUGAGUUUCCUGGCAGACAGCAAAAGUUUCCCCAAGAGAAUCACUAUUGGUGCCAAAGAUGCAAACAAGAGAGGUAGCAACUUAGGUACCAAUUAGUGAUGUGACAAGGCAUUUUGGCUUGUAUUUUACAAGUUAAAAAAUCC